CGUGGAUGAAUGAGUCGGGCGGGCGGCGAGCUUUCAGCGCCCCUCCACUAGGCGGGCGCGCGGCCGCCGCGCCGUCGGCGCACCGCCAGUCCCUUCGCGACGCUCGCGCCGACAUGUCUCCCCUGUGGAUCGUGCUCACACUGCUCCCCAUCCUCGGGGGCGCGGAAAGGUUCAACUGUCGGGGCCGCAUCCUGGGCGCCUACUACGCCGACGCCAAGGCCAACUGCAAAGCGUUCCACGUCUGCGUGCGUGUAGCGGGCGGGGGAAUACGGGACUUCAGGUUCUUCUGCCCGCCCGGCACGCUGUUCCACCAGGAGGCGCAGACCUGCACGGACUGGGGCGACGACGACCCGCUGGCCUGCCCCGCAGACCUCUACGACGGUCAGUUUGAUCUCUACAAGAUCGGAUCCGGAUUUGACACUAAGAAACUGUCGUCGCCUGGUGCCCGCGAGGAAGAAGCGGAAUUCGGUUUACAGCGCGCCGAGACCGGCGAUCGCCGUCUCGCCCAGAACAACGGUAACGCCCCCGCGUCGGACCUGCGCGCCGCCCACUCCUCCGACUUCUUCAGCGGACAACGCGACCGCGGCCGCGACGAUCCCGCCCCGCCCGCCCCCUCGUCCCCCGCGCCCUCCGCAUCCCAACGUGUCUCCUUCAGAAGACCCACAAGCCCCAGGACCACCCCUACCACGCAAUACACGAAUCCGCCGCCCCCACCGCCACCGAAACCAUUCAGCAAUAACCAAUACGACCACAAACGGAAACUCGUGCGCAAACGCCCCAUUCAUGCGUCCACUUUAGCUCCCUCGACAUUUAUACCUAGCUCCCCUCAACCUCAAUUCCCAGAAUACCAACAACCUGCGGAUUUCGAACGUCGGGUCCCGCAGCAGAGCAGACCGAACCCUACUACGGCACCGGCUAGCGUCCCUCCUCAGUAUAAAGAUGAGUACGUCGAAGUCAGCCGCGUGACCCCAAAACAAAACCGAUACUUCUCUAACAAUCCCUCUCCCGCUCCUUUUUCCCAACCCACUACACUAAAUCCCUAUUUCAGGAAAAAGGAAGGGCUUGUUGAGUUGUACAAUUAUAACGCACAAUCCACUCCGGGAAUCAACGUUCAAAAUGACAACAAACCGUUCAAAGUGAGAAACAGCUUCAGUGUGGCGACAGAUGUUCCUCAAGAGCAAGACUUUGUGCGUACUAACGUAAAUAAAAAUAACAAUGGUCGAGGCACACCCACCACGAUAGAUUACAACACUGCUGCGAACCGCGGCUUUAGCACGACUCCUGCCUACAGAAACUUCAAUAGCGUUUCCUACGAACCGGAAAAGAACAACUUUGUCCAACAGUCGAAUGCUAAGAAUUUCUUCAACAGCCCUUCAACUCCGGCAACAACCACUACCCUGUACACUACUACUCGCGCAGACCCCUCGUAUAAUCUGAAUACGGUAGCCUAUAAUACAAACGUUGGGUUUAACGCGCAGUCAUCCAACUACGCCGAAAGCGACGAAGACGACGGCCAGUACCGCCCCCCGGCCGGUGAAGACGACGGUCAAUACAGACCCGAACUGUACGAACGCGAGCGCGAACGUGACCGUGAACUUUUAUCUGGAGCUCACUCGCUCAACAUCGCUGCUAGCGGAAAUAGAUUGCCCGAAGAUCAACAAAAACAAAAGGGCAAAACGCAGAAACCAUCCAAGCCUGUAUCCCAAACGGCAGCGCCGAGGCCUUUCAGACCCGCUCCCACGCUCUCGACUACCGUCGCGCCACCGUCGACCUUCGAACCCGCAUACACAACUACUUACAGGCCCCAGACAAGCACUCAGCGCGUGUUUGAUUACUUCCAAACUUACACAACCACCGUAAGGCCCAGUGAGCCACCAGCUCCAGUCCAUGUACCGACUACAGAAAACUUUGAGAACGUGCCCGUGAGGUCGUCGACGACGGCGCCGCGCACCCCUGAGCCGCGGCCGACGACGCGCGUGCCCGCGCCGCCGACGCCCGCCACGCGGCCCCCGCCGCGGCCCGCGCCGCAGCCCUCGCCGCAGCCGGCACCCAAGGCGCCACACUUCGCCAAUCCCGCCAAACCCAAGGAGGACACGAGCUACGACUACGCGUAUUACGACUCAGACCCAGGGUUUUCGGAAUACGAUCACAUAGAAGAAUUCGGUAAAACAAAAACAAAAGCGUAAACUUGUCGUAUUAAAAUUUUAAAUACUGCCAUUAAAUUAGUCGCCUCUUUAGAUGAUAAUGAAAAUGUCUGUUAUGAGUUCAUCAUUGGUGUGACAGGAUGCCUUACCUUAAGCCAGAUUAAGUCAAGAUUUUACUUUUUCUUAAAAAUAUUCUGUAGGUAAGUAAACACAACUGACCACGCGAAUGUUUGCCUCGUGUUCCAUCUCUUUUUUAUUAGUUAUUGUAUGAGAUAAAUGGAUUAUAGCACGUUACGCGACCAGUGACAAGAUAUUAAUCGCGGAUAAAAAAGUACAACAUAGCAAUGUAAGUACAUUUGUGUCGCUUAACUUCAAACUCGGGUAAAUCCAUUCGACCCUCUCAGCAAAUAUCUUCUCUAUUACCUUCUCUUAAUACUAUAAUCGCAUAAUCUGACAGAUGGAUUUACCCGAGUUUGAAGUUAAGCGACUCAUUUCUAAUUGAACCUUUUUUGCACCCUAGUAACUUUUAUAAGUACGAAAAAGAAAUCGAAAGAGCAGAGCAGAAUAUUCAGACUGAAUAAACCGUGCCAGUUAUAUCGAUAUUGCGUAUAUCUGAAGAGGCUUUGUAGUUACCCGCCCUAAAUUAUUUGUGAUAUUAUGGAUGUUCGAAGUUACUCUUGUCUGUUGGGUUAGUCGCUGUGUAGUCACAGGCCUACUUGUAAGAAGAAUUAAGUAUCGGAGCAUGCGAGCGAGCUGUACCAACGAGGAGAAUUAUAAUUAUUCUAUAGAAUAGAAACCCGACAAACAUUUUCUCGUCCCUAAUACUUUUGUUUUCAGUGAUUUAAAUUAAAAAGUAUUUGCCUUUAUUCUAAAAGUGUUAAACUCCAAUGGACGGGACAGUUUUUGUCGGGAAAAUUCUUCAUUGAUUGUUAACCGAUGUAAAAUGCUUGCCAACAUUGGUAUUUAUUACGCAAUUCGCGAAUAAGAGAAUAUAUGUCCUAUGUAUGUACAAUAGAGAGUAAGUUAUAACGAUAGAUGUAAAAUAAUUCAAUGUAAAUAAAGUUUUCUUAAAUACAA